ACACAGACUACCGACAUCCGCUUAUUACAAACAAUGGCGUCUUCCGGUACAGAAAUGGCGGAGGAAGAAUUGCCGUCAGGUUGGGAAAAACGGUUAAGCCGUUCAACCGGCCAGCACUACUACCUGAACACCUACACGAAGGAGAGCCAGUGGGACCGGCCCGACAAGCCUGCCGAGCCUGUGUCGAGCAGUGGGCCCGACCAGGUGCAGUGCAGCCACCUGCUGGUGAAGCACAAGAACUCUCGCCGGCCGUCGUCGUGGCGUGAAGAGGAGGUCACCCGCACCAAGGAGGAGGCACUCGAUCUCGUCAAAUCUUACCGAGAGCAGAUAGUGUCGGGGAAAGCGUCGUUCGCCGAGCUGGCUCAGAAGUACUCGGACUGCAGCUCCGCCCGGCGGGGCGGCGACCUAGGGCCUUUCGGGCGCGGGGCGAUGCAGCGGCCGUUUGAGCAGGCUGCGUUCGCGCUCAAGGUGGGUGAGCUGAGUGAGCCGGUCACCACCGACUCGGGCAUCCACAUCAUACUGCGCACCGCUUAGCUCCCAGCGCAACGCUUGCCCAGUUCCUAGUCCAGCAAUCCUGUUGGCUGGUUUUGGAAUCCACUACUUAUUUUUUUUAUUAUGUCUUCAACCACGAAGUGGGGGAGAGGUGCACCAGUUAUGUGAAGAGUAGAAUGUGAAUGUACAUUAAUGUUUGCUGACCUCAACUCUAAAAUGCUGUAUUUAGUCACCUGACAUUGUUUCUUGGCCAUGCGGUAGCAUUCUUGUAGUUCAUUUAAUAGUCUCCAUUUGUGCAAUAAUGUACAUUGUGCGCUGGCACUAAGUAUAAAUAAUACAAAAAAAAAGAAAUGUAUUGAUCAUUGAUCUUAAAUAUUUGCUAACAUAUUUGAUAAUGUUAUUGAGAAAAUAUUUAAAACCCAUUGUUGAGUGUCCGUUGGCUAAUGAAAUUUGUUUUUCAAAGGUAUAUUUAUGUCGAAUUAAGAUGAAAAUGUGUUUGGAAUGAGCGUAAUGUAUGUAUAUACCGUAUUUCUUAUAAAUGAAUGUUAUGUAGCAGCAAGAUUUUUUGCAGUGUGGUUUUUCUUUUGUGCUCCAUUAUUUCAUCUUGUAUUGAAAUCUGUGUUUAUCGAGAUUAGCAUGUGGAACUGAUUGAACUAUGAAACUUGUAAGUCGUGUUUUAACACAUGUUAUGUAGAUAUGAACAAAAUUCAUUGUUAAAUUUUAACAGUAAUAUAAGACAUUAAACCUGUAAGUUGUUUAUUUGUGUGCUUAAUAUGUUGCAUAUGUAAAGAAAACAUAGGUACAUCAAGUUAUUUAGCUUCAGGUAAUUUUUGUGCAUGGUGUAAAAUUUGUUAAAAGAUUAUAGGAUUCUUUUAGCAUUUUUUAUUUUAUUUUUGUUAUUAUAAAAUUUUGAAAUCAUUUCUUGAAAAUAAAAUAAAGAUAUACAAUUCUUUGAUGUUUGAUACAA